CUGCUCUCUGCCAAUUGCAUCUUAAAUCAAUAUGGGAGGGUGUGAGCUGACGCAGGCAGGCUGACCCGUCUCCGUGCUCCGAGAAGGGAAUGCGUGUGGGGGAACGCAGUUAUGCAGAGACACCAGCAAAGAACUUGGCCCGCUGGGAUCUGAUUAGCUGCUAUCACGGCAGGAGCAGCACAUGAAAGAGAGGAAGACCUGAUUGCCCCCUGGCAUGGUACUGUGUGGCUCCAGAGAGACGGGGUUAAAUGAACUCCAGCAAGCGCGGGUUCCUUUCUAAUGUGGGCUCUCCGCUGCCUGCAGGGCUGCAGACAACACGGUAUCCGGCUGGGGAUCGUGACCCUCUGCCUGGCUGCAGCCGGCUGGACUCUCCAAACCCAAGGAAAAGUAUCGCUGCUCGUCUCGCAGCCCCACAUCAAUGCCACGGUGGCACAGAACGUUUUGCUGUCCGUUGCAUACACCUGCAAGGGGCGCCCCGUCAUCGAGUGGAAGUAUACGUCGACCUCUGGCACAACGAAAAUUGCAAAGUGGAAACCAGGCAGUUACACCAACAUCUCCAGCAGUUACACAGGCAGAGUGAACAUUUACGACAAUGGUUCCCUUCAGCUUCUCAGUGUGAACAUGAGAGACUCUGGCUAUUACUUAGUUACAGUGGUGGAAACUUUGGGAACCUCCAUGUAUGGUACCAUCUUACUCAAUGUUUACGAGAUCCUCUAUGAAGAUUUGCAUUUCGUAGCCGUCUUCUUUGCCUUCCUCAUGGCUGUGUCGGCUAUUCUUAUCUGCCUCAUGUGGUUGUGCAAUAAAUCUGUGCACCUGCUUCAAAAGGAGAGGCACCAGCUCAAAGCAAGCACCACUGAAGAGACUGAGCUACAAACUAUGGGGUGUUAGCCAAGAACUUCAAAAGUCAAUUUUCUACCUCAAGAGAAAACAAUGGUUAACUGGGAGAUGAGAACGCAGACUAUAACAUAAAGCUUUUGUACAUUUCU